GAUACACAUCCCCAUCCAUAGCUUCCAACUAGUUGAAGUGUGGAUGGUGAUGGUUUCAAUUUGAAAAGCUGAGCUUUAUCUUCACUUAUUUGUCAUAUAUGCUUCUUCUCUAACUCUUCUUUACUCCAUACACCAUCAAAAGUAGUAGUAGUAGUAUAUAGCUUGUGCUCAGCUUUGAAUGUCAUAUAUGGAGCUCAAGCCUACCAUCACACCUAUAAUUCUUCUCUUCUUCCUCCUCACAACCCCAUGUUUUUCGAGAGGCUUAUACCCUAGGGCACUGGAUGUGUCUAAUGUGGAUUCAGGGAUUUAUGAUAUAGAUUAUAGAGGUCCAGAGACACAUUCAUCUAUUCCACCACCAAAUCGAUCCGGUGGUAAUAUUCAUGGAGAAAGUGUCAAUGUGCAGCACAAAGCCAAUGGUUCUGGAGCUGGUAAUGCAGGAGGAAAUAUGAAGAAAAUUCAUGGAUAAAGAAGUUUUGGAAAUGGAGUGUUUUACUAUUUUGGUUGAAGUUUUAGAAAUGGAGUGUUUUUACUAUUUUGGUUGAAGUUAUAUUACUAGAGGUUCAUUCAAGUUCCUUUCUUUCUAAUAGAAAAAUGUUGUGUAUUGAUUGAAAAGAAAUGCGAUCAGUGAAUAGUUUCAGUUGUUGAAUUUUUAUUUUUAUUUUUUAUUUUUAUCAUCUAUCAACUUGUAUAAACGAGGAUUGUUGGAACGUGUUUGCAUUUUAAAGGUUGUAACUGUGAAAUAUAUUAUUAUACAUUUGUUGGACAA